CAAUUCUCAGACAGUGCUCAUUUAUUCGACUGGUGUCCGGGACGAGUGAGGGAGAGAGCCAUCAUCAGCCACCUCCUCCUAUUCCUCCAAAAGCCAUAAAUAAGCGAGUCCAGAGGCCAGAGCCGUAAAUAUAUAAACACAAACAAACAAACAAGCGAAUAAAACUGUAUCAAUGAAGCACCACACAUCUCCCUCCUCUUUUCUCAGAAGAAGUCGAGUUUCUCCCUAUCUUUUCACCUUCUUCGUUUUCAUUAUUUUCCUCGCCGUGCUCUACAGCGAGGACCUCAGUUGCCUCUUCAAACUCCCAUCUCUACAGCCCGGAAAGGACCCGGAGCAGCAAAAAGUAGGCAGGCCCGCAUCGGCAACAGAACACGCACGGUUGCCAUUUGCCGUCGGAGAGACCGAGGGAGGUUGCGAUGUGUUUAGCGGCAAAUGGGUUCGCGACGAAUCGAAUCGGCCUCUUUACGAGGAGUGGGAGUGCCCUUACAUUCAACCUCAGUUAACAUGCCAAGAACACGGGAGGCCCGAGAAAGAGUACCAGCACUGGCGAUGGCAGCCGCAUGGGUGUUCCCUCCAGAGCUUCAAUGCAACAUUCAUGCUGGAAAAGCUCCGAGGGAAGAGGAUGAUGUUUGUAGGUGACUCAUUGAACCGGGGUCAAUUCGUUUCCAUGGUCUGUCUCCUGCACAGAAUCAUCCCAGACCAUGCCAAAUCCAUGGAAACCUUUGACUCCUUAACAGUCUUCAGGGCAGAGGAGUACAAUGCCACGAUAGAGUUCUAUUGGGCUCCAUUUCUUCUAGAAUCAAACUCGGAUAAUGCUGUCAUCCAUAGGAUCGCAGAUAGAAUUGUCCGCAAAGGAUCGAUCAACAAGCAUGGACAAUACUGGAAGGGAGUUGACAUUCUGGUUUUCAAUACCUAUCUGUGGUGGAUGACUGGAUUGAAGAUGAAGAUCCUGUACAGUACCGUUCCUAUUGCUACGCAAAUGCAACGAAUGCAAGGGUCUUUCAACGAUGACGUUAAUGAUAUCAUGGAGGUAUCUACAGAAGAUGCCUAUCGGAUGACGAUGAAAAGUAUGUUGAGAUGGGUGCAAAAGAAUAUGGACCUUCCGAAGACCAGGGUCUUCUUUACUAGCAUGUCGCCCACCCACGGCAAGAGCAAAGAAUGGGGAGGCGACGCAGAAGGCAAUUGUUACAAUGAAACAACUCCGAUCAAUGAUCCGACGUACUGGGGAUCAGGGUCACGGAAAAGCAUAAUGCAGGUGAUCGGAGAAGUGUUUGAUAAAUCAAAGGUACCCAUCACAUUUCUCAACAUCACCCAACUCUCGGAGUAUCGGAAGGACGCCCAUACUUCAAUCUACAAGAAGCAGUGGAGCCCUCUCACCCCCGAGCAAUUAGCCAACCCAGUCAGCUACGCCGAUUGCGUCCAUUGGUGUAUGCCUGGCCUUCAAGAUACUUGGAAUGAGCUCUUGUACAACAAGCUUUUCUACCCCUAAUUAUGAAUUAUAUAUUAAUUGUUUGUUUCAUAUAAGCCUUGUGGCUUUGUGAGAGAAGGAAUACCAAUGGCAUUUAAUUCUCUUUGUUUAAGAGGGAGGGUUAAGCCAAUAAUUCCGGAGGAGCGAUCUACAGAAAAAAAAAUAUGUUGUCAAGUUGUUCAGUUAUAAAAGCAAACAUAAAGAAGAUUGGGUUGAUUCUUUCAAA